AUGGCUGAUAAAGACGACAUCGUUGAUGAUGUAGAAGAGAACCAGGAUAAGCAACAAGACAAACACAACUGGGGCGCCGCUGAGUUAGAAAAGGUUACCGACCAUACAGAAGAUAAAGAUGAUGCUAAAGUUUCAUCAGACGCUUUGGGCAAGUUGAUUAAGAAUACACAAAACGCUGUGCAGAAGGUUGUGCAUGUGAAGAAGGAUGAUUUGCAAAUGCUUAUGAACGAAUUGGAACUUCCUAAGGCCGUAAUUGAAAAGAAACUUAUCGAGUGUAAUGGAAACCCUGUAGCUGCAUUGAAAAGCCUAUUAGGAUGUUAA